CUGGGCAGAGACGGAGGUUACAUCAACGCCAACUUCAUCAACAUGGCGGUGAAGGACGAGAGCUUCCUGUACAUCGCCUGCCAGGGGCCCCUGCCCACCACUCUGGGCGACUUCUGGCAAAUGGUGUGGGAGCAGAAGUCCAACGUGAUCGCCAUGAUGACGCAGGAGGUGGAGGGCGGCAAAGUGAAGUGUCAGCGCUACUGGCCGGACACCCCCAGGACGGCGGAGAUGGUGGACGACCGGCUGCAGAUAACGCUGAUCAAAGACCAACACCUGGACAACUUUGUCAUCCGGGUCAUCGAGGUCAAAGACGUCCAGACUAACGAGGUCCAGAGCGUGACCCAUCUGAACUACACCGGCUGGCCGGACCACGGGACGCCCUCCCAGCCCGAGCAGCUGCUCACCUUCAUCUCCUACAUGCGGCACGUGCACCGCUCGGGCCCCGUGGUGACCCACUGCAGCGCGGGCAUCGGCCGCUCGGGGACCCUCAUCUGCAUCGACGUGGUCCUGGGCCUCAUCAGCAAGGACGCCGACGUGAGGCUGGUCUUAGAUGGGGGCAGCGACAGCCUGUACGGGGUCUUGUUUGUUAAAGAAAUCCUGCAGGACUCGCUGGCCUCUAAGGAGGGAAGCCUAAGACCACUGGACUUGAUUCAUUACAUCAACGGCGCGCCCACCCAGGAGCUGACGCUGAGCGAGAGCUCCAGGCUGCUGGAGCUGGCCCUCAGUGACCUCACGCUCAAAGCCACCAGGGAUGGAAAGCCUGUGUCUCCUGAGCAGAAAAGCGUCUCUUUUCUGAACAAUAACAUCUCCUCCAAGCUGCCAUCCAGCAUGAACGGCUUCCUGAAAGGGGGCGAUUCCAGGGAUACGGAGGCUCUGGCCGGCCUUUGUCCUUCAGAUGAGGACAUCAUAAAGCUGGAUCUUGACAAGCCGCCGUCGGGAGGUCUGGGAUUCUCUGUCAUCGGAGGGGAGAGGGGGAUCUUCGUGAAGUCCAUCACACCAGGAGGGGUCGCAGAGUCCUCGGGGGAACUGCAAGUCGGAGACAGGCUGCUGAAGGUGAACGAAGCCGUGAUGUCGGGAGUGUCCCACACCAAAGCUGUCACCACCAUCCGGAAAGCCAAAGGCCGAGUCCACCUGGUCAUUUCCAGGCCCUCCGACCAGAAUCCCAACACCUACCUGGCCUAUCUGUCCAGGAAUCCUGACACCUGCAACGGCAACGCGGACCUGAGUGAGGACAGUGGAGUGAAGACCAGGCUGUGCACUCCCCUGGAUGACCGGAAAUCAGGAGGCGUCCCGUCUAUACCUCCCAUAGAUUAUGAAGACGGUCCAGAGGAUCUGAGAAGGGAUGGGGAGCUGUCCGAGGACACGGACUGCGACGGGUCGUCUUUACCGGAGGACUCUCCUUUGACCUCUCGUAAAGUGACCUGGCACGAGGAGAGCGUGGACGAUCCAAGAAAUGAAAACUAUCUGCAGAUGGGGGCUGGGCAGCCGGAGGAGGAUGAAAUCACCUGGGGAAGCGAUGAACUGCCCAUUGAAAACUUGAACUCCAAAGCAAAAGAUGGGCCGAUAAUCACAGAGGACGAGCUGACCUCUUUGCCGCUGGUCAGAGUGGUCCCGGAUGGCCAGUACACGGGAUCGAAGCUCAACACGGUGGUCCGCAUGAUGAGGGGGCUUCUGGAGCAGAAGGUCCCCAUGCAAGAAUUUGAGAACCUUCAGAACCUCCAGCCGCUGGAUGACUGCUUAAUCGGGCAGACAAAAGAAAACAAGAAGAAGAACCGCUACCAGAACAUUGUUCCCUGUAAGAUAAAGCUACACAUCUUAUUCCUCUUUCUGGCUCUUUUGGAAUGGACAUGA